UGCUCGAAUUCUUCCCGCUAAUGAUCAAAAGCGCGGGAACAUUAAUAAGAAUAAAAAUAAAAAAUAAAAAAAUAAAAAAUAAAAAUUAGUGACUCAAACCGUCGCUGUGAGGUCAGAGGGCAUAUCAAAAAGGCAGAAAUAUUUUUUUUUUACGGAUUCAGAAGAAGACAGAGCGUGAUAAAGAGUCAGAAAAGAGGAGAAUGGCGCCGAAGAAGCGACAGAGUGAGGCGGAGGAGGAGCAACCAAAGCCGGAACUGGCGGUUAGGAGAGUCACACGGAGUUCGACUCGACAAGCGGAUGCCAAGCCGGCCGUCGUGAGUCGGUCCGAGUUGCCUAAGAAGAAGAAACUGAAAACUGUUAUGAAGAAGGAGGAGAAAGCCGAGGAGAACGUGGUGGCGGAGGAGAAGGAGGAGACAGGAAAGCCUGAGGGGGAAGAGAAAGGAAAAGUUGAGGAGGAUGAGAAAAAAGGGGAUAACGGUGAUGAGCUUGACAACAAGAGGACGAUCGUGAUUGAGUACUGCAAGCAAUGCAAUUCUUUUAAGACAAGGGCCUUUCAAGUCAGAGAUGGUUUGGAGAAAGGUGUCUCUGGUGUCAUGGUCAAGCUGAACCCCGAUAAGCCAAGAAGAGGUUGCUUUGAGAUACGAGAGGAAGGUGGUGAGAUGUUCAUCAGUUUGCUGGACAUGAAGCGACCAUUCAAACCAAUGAAGGAGCUUGACAUGGAGAAGGUGAUUUCAGACAUUGUUGAUAAGAUCAAGUGAAACAUGAGGCAAUGCUUCAUUUCUUAUGGUAAUUGCAUUUUGUGGUUUAGUGAAGUUGUUUUCUCUCAACAGGGGUAGACUUAGUCUGACAUCUGUCCGUUACUUGAUUUUGUGUACUUAAAUCAUUAUCUUCUUUUGGUUGCUUCAAGUCAUCUUGGUGUUGCCAGGAGAAGAGAAUGCAUUAGCCAUUGGACAACCAAGGCAUUUUAAUUACUGUUUAUAGGCUCAUAAUGAGCUCCAUUUGUACUGCAGUUUUUUGCAAUAUAAAAUGGUAUGGUAU